AUGGCUGGCCUUUUACCUCGUGCAUCGAAGCGAUUACGGCUCGCAUCCUCUCCUGGCUGGCAACAACAACAACCUGCAACAAGCCAGCAUGUGGGCCAAGAUGAAAACAAGACCACACACUUCGGCUUCGAGACGGUCGCUGAAAACAUCAAGGCUUCCCGCGUGGCGUCGGUGUUCUCGUCAGUCGCUUCUAAUUACGACACCAUGAACGACCUCAUGUCUCUUGGCAUUCAUCGUCUGUGGAAAGACCAUUUUGUACGCUCGCUGGAUCCCGGCAUUGCAACUUCACCAUUCGCAGACCAGGCCAAGCAAGGCCAAACAAUCCUUGACAUCGCCGGUGGAACAGGAGACAUUGCCUUCCGCAUGCUCGACUACUGCACUACCGUCAAGAAAGACACCACGACCAGUGUUAUAGUCUCGGACAUCAACCCGGAUAUGCUCGCCGAAGGCCGCAAACGCUUCUCAACCUCCCCUUACCAGUCCGCCGGCCGUGUUAGCUUCCUCGAGGCAAAUGCCGAAGACCUUUCCGCCGUGGAGAGUAGCAGCAUAGACCUCUACACAGUCGCUUUCGGCAUCCGUAACUUCACCCACAAGGAGAAGGCACUAGCUGAGGCUUUCCGUGUGCUGAAACCGGGUGGUGUAUUUGCUUGUUUGGAGUUCACGCCUCGGUUGAGGAAUCCGUUGAUGAAUGCAUUCUACAAGCGUUGGAGUUUCGGUGCGAUUCCGCUGAUUGGGCAGAUUGUGGCGGCGGACCGGGAUAGUUAUCAGUAUCUCGUUGAGAGCAUUGAGAGGUUCCCUUCCCAGGAGCAGUUCAAGACAAUGAUUCAGGAUGCGGGAUUUAUAAUCCCUGGGCAAGGAAGUGAGGGUGGUCCGAGAGGGUGGGAGGACCUGACCAUGGGUAUUGCGGCGAUACACAAGGGUGUCAAGCCGGCGUGA